AAAAAUUCCUUACCAAUUCCUUCCAAAUUGCAUUUGCAUCCCCAACCAAAAAGGCAGAAGCCUCCAAACCAACCAGCCAGUAGAAAACCUCAGCUUUGAAAAAUUCACACACACAAUCAAAAUUCUGAAAGUGAAACAUCAGAUUCAAUCCAAUGACCAAACAAAUGGAAACAAAAAGUACCCAUAAAAAGAAAAAAAUCCACAGCCAAAUCCAAAUCCUCCCAUGGCUGCUCCCCACUCCCCUCUCUUUUCUUUCACAGCUGCAAUUGCAAUACCACCACUCAAAAUUUCACUGCCUUGCCACCUUACCCUGAAAAGACAAAAGUUCUUCCCCAGCUAAUACACCACAUGCUCUCUUUGCAAAACUUAAAAAAAAAAAAAAAAUUGGAUUCCAAUUCCAAGCCAAUCUCUGUAGCCCAUUUGCUGUUUGUUUUUAUUUUUUAUUUUUUUUUCUUUCUUGCUGUCAUUUUCCCACACCCUCCAACCCCAAUACUCUUUUCACCUUUUCCUUUCAUUUCCUUCUUCCCCAAAUUUCAAAACUUCUUCUCCCAUUCUCUAACCCCAAAAACACCCAGAAAUGCCUCCGGAAGAAGCUGUAACUUUUCCAAGCUUGGAAAAUGAAGACGAAGAAGAACAGCCAUACUCUUUUGCAGUUGAAUAUACCGGUCCUCCGGUACCGUACGAUCUUCCACGCGCAGUUCCAAUCAACGUCGAGAAAAUCCCAGUAGCCACCGUAGUUUCAAAGGUACCGCUCUCCAAUACUGAACUUCAUAUACCGGUUGUACCUCCAAUUUUAGCACCAGAUCGUAACAAAUUGUCUAAAGAACUGCUUCUUCAACCGACUGUUUCACCAACUUCGGUUAUUGCUUUUGAAGAAAGGGUUUCUGAGGAUACUAAUAACUGUUUGUUAUCUGGGGAGUUGAGUAGCUACGAGUCUGGGGAGUUAGCUGAAUUGAUUAACAAUAAUGAUAAUUCUUCGAGGCGGUUAGGGGCUUGUUCUGUUAGUAAUGAACAUUCGAGUAUGCUUGAUUACUGUGAUAGCUUUGGUAAAUCGAGGGAAAGUUCGUCGAGAGCAAGGGUUUCGAAUGAUGAUGAUUUGAAUCAACCUGACUGGGGUUCUAAUGAGUCUGUUUUGAGUUUAGAUUACCCCUCUUCUCGGGUUUCAUCUCGUAAGACUGGGGAUUGUAAUAAUGAGUCAAAUGCUGAUAUUAAGAGACCUCAGGUUGUUACUUUUCGAGAUAUUGAAUCGGAUGAUGGACUUGAUGAGGAGUUUGGUCAAGAUGAGGUGCAGCCUCAGGUUGCUAGAGUUAAAAGAGAGCCACAAACGAAAGGGAAGAAAGGGUCAUGUUAUCGAUGUUUUAAGGGGAAUAGGUUUACAGAGAAGGAGGUUUGUAUUGUUUGUGAUGCCAAGUAUUGUAGUAAUUGUGUGCUUGGAGCUAUGGGAUCUAUGCCUGAAGGAAGGAAAUGUGUUACUUGCAUUGGAUUUCCAAUUGAUGAGGCGAAACGUGGGAGUUUGGGAAAGUGUUCUCGAAUGCUUAAACGGCUGUUUAUUGAUUUGGAGGUAAGACAGAUAAUGAAGGCUGAGAAGUUGUGUGAAGCGAAUCAGCUGCCCCCUGAGUAUAUUUGUGUGAAUGGGCAACCACUUUGUCAUGAGGAGUUGGCUAUAUUGCAGAGUUGCCCUAUCCCACCCAAGAAGCUAAAACCAGGAAACUAUUGGUAUGAUAAAGUAUCUGGUCUUUGGGGAAAGGAGGGACAGAAACCUUCGAUGAUAAUUAGUCCCCAUCUAAAUGUUGGUGGUUCUAUCAGGCCAGAUGCUAGCAGUGGAAACACACAAAUUUUCAUAAAUGGUCGAGAAAUCACAAAAGUAGAACUUCGUAUGUUGCAGUUGGCAGGGGUUCAAGUUGCAGGCAACCCACACUUUUGGGUGAAUGAAGAUGGGUCAUACCAAGAAGAGGGACAAAAAAAUAUGAAAGGAUAUAUCUGGGGAAAGGCCGGAAUGAAGCUUGUCUGUGCUGUCUUGUCACUGCCUGUUCCUUCUAAAUCUUCAAAUCCUGGUGGGGAGCUGCUGAACAGCAUGUCCGGCAGAUCUGUUCCUGACUAUCUUGAGCAGCGCAUACUACAGAAAAUUCUUUUGGUUGGAUCUACUGGAUCUGGGUCAAGUACCAUAUUUAAGCAGGCAAAGAUUCUUUAUAAAGAUGUACCAUUCUCUGAGGAUGAGCGUGAAAAUAUUAAGUUGACCAUCCAAAGCAAUGUGUAUGGUUAUCUUGGCAUACUUCUUGAGGGCCGUGAACGUUUUGAGGAAGAAAGUUUGGCUGAAAUGAGGAAAAGGGCAUGUUCCAAGGACACUGACCCUGAAGGGAGUAUUGAUGAUGGUGAUGGCAAAACUAUCUAUUCCAUUGGCCUGAGGCUCAAAGAGUUCUCUGACUGGCUUCUGAAGACUAUGGUGUCAGGCCAUUUGGAAACCAUUUUUCUCGCUGCUACCCGUGAAUACGCACCAUUAAUUGAGGAGCUGUGGAAGGAUGCAGCCAUUCAGGCAACUUACAACAGGAGAAGUGAAUUGGAAAUGCUACCUAGUGUUGCUAGUUAUUACUUGGAGCGGGCUGUUGAAAUAUUGAAAAUGGACUAUGAACCCUCAGACUUAGAUAUCCUAUAUGCUGAGGGUGUUACUUCAUCAAAUGGGCUGGCCUGUGUGGACUUUUCAUUUCCCCAGUCUUUGUGUGAUGAAAACAUUGGCACUGCUGAUCAGCAUGACUCAUUGCUCAGGUACCAACUAAUUCGAGUGCAAGCAAGAGGCCUUGGAGAAAACUGCAAGUGGCUAGAGAUGUUCGAAGAUAUUGGAAUGGUCAUCUUCUGUGUUGCCUUGAGUGACUAUGACCAGUUCUCUGCUGAUGGGACUAAUAAGAUGCUAUUGAGUAGGAAAUUCUUUGAAAGCAUCGUUACUCAUCCAACAUUUGAUCAGAUGGACUUCCUUUUAAUACUAAACAAAUUUGAUCAGUUUGAGGAAAAGGUAGAACAGGUACCAUUGACUCGGUGUGAGUGGUUUGAUGAUUUUCAUCCCCUGAUCAGUCGUCAUCGUACAAAUACAAAUAGCAACAGCAUUAAUAAUAAUCCUACCCAUGGACAGCUAGCAUUCCAUUAUAUCGCAGUCAAGUUCAAGAGGCUUUAUUCUUCACUCACUGGGCGGAAGUUGUAUGUUUCCCUUUUGAAAGGGUUGGAACCCAAAAGCGUUGAUGCGGCUCUUAAAUUUGCAAGGGAGAUUCUGAAGUGGGAUGAAGAGAGAGCCAACUUCAGCUUAAGUGAGCACUCAUUUUAUAGCACAGAAGCAAGUUCCUUCUCUCAUUGAUGUCUAAUUUCUAGGCCAGAAAAUGCCUCUAUUAAUUCAUCAAUGCCGGUGUACAUACUAUGCCAUGUAAAUGCACAAGAAGACAUUGUUGCUUACGCUCUUUGCUGCUGAAGAUUACGAAUCAAGGCCGUUUUAAACAUUGCAUCCAAGUGUCAUGCCUCGGUGCUUUGCUUGGAUGCUAGCAUACAAGUUAUUUUGGAAUAGUAAUUCUCCAUGUCUUAUACUGUGAGUUCAGAUGUAUUUUUGUACAAUGCUUUGUGUAGCUGCCACUUUGUACACAAUUCAUUACAUUCAUUUGUAAGAUAUGACGAAAAUGUAUGAUUCACUGCUAGCCAGAAUGUAGACCACCCUAAGUAGGCUCCUCCAGUAUAUUAAAGUUGUGAAAAAAUCUCUUGGGAAUGUGACAAUUCAUGUCCAAGACAUGCAGAUCCUAUCUUUUCUAACAAGUCACAAUCCUGAAGAGAUGAGCUGAUGGGUUCCUCGUCUAAUUGCAAAUCAUUUGUAGUUUGGAAAUUUUCAGCUUUGAAGCACAUAGCGCAGCAACCGCUAUCAGUAUCUUGUUAUGGAGAGCCCGUAUCUUCCGCGGGCCAUUUAAACUGU